CCGUGACGUCCCGUUCUCGCGAGAAGAGAAUGGUGCCGUGGGGUUAGCAGUCCGGUAGAAGCCAAGACGCUGGCUGAUAAUGAGGUUGCGGGACGCUUAGGCAGCGCUCUGGGGCUGCGGGCGGUGGGAACAAAACCGAGAGCUGGGCUGUUAGGCGGUAUCUGUAUAGACCAUCCUUGGCUCAGCCUCCACGACUGAUUUCAAACAAGUUUCCUGCUGGCGCUUCCCGACGCUUUUAUUGUGAGAAGCAGCCCUUUGCCUCCUACACUUCCCUGCGCCUCCAUUGAAUGCCCAAUGAGGUUCCUCCUUUACUAUCUGUAGUGGCAGGCCUUUGUGUGCCUGUAUUGGGCUGUGGGUUAGUGAGAGGCUUUUCGCUGGCCCCGGUUAUUGUUAUUGCUGUCUGUCAUGGGACUGAACAGAAAUGCUCUGCCGGGCUGGACUUCCCUUCAGCUGCUUCUGCUGCUCGCCUUCCGGGGGAAUGAUGCCCUUGAGAGUGCAGACAAUGUUCACGUGUCGGAACUGCCAGUAGCUUGUGGGGGAAUUCCUGAACAGAUCAGAGACAAAAGUGGCAUAAUCACAAGCCCUGGGUGGCCCGCAGACUACCCAGCAAGGAUCAACUGUAGUUGGUACAUCCGAGCCAGCCCAGGGGAAAAAAUUACUAUCAGAUUUCAAGAAUUUGAUCUUCAGGGAUCUUCCACGUGUAGUUUUGACUGGGUGACUAUAGGACCUUCCCAAAAUUAUGAUGGCGCCAGGGCAUGUGGAUCUACAAUUCCCGCACCAUACACCUCCUUACAAGACCAUGUGUGGAUAAAAUUCCAUUCAGAUGAGCAUGUUUCCAGAAAGGGCUUUUGCUUGUCAUAUUUGGCUGAAAAGAAGAAAUGUGAGAGCGACCGAUUCCGUUGUGACAACGGAAAAUGCAUUCCAGAAAUAUUAAGGUGUAAUCGUAUGGACGAUUGUGGAGACGGAUCUGAUGAAAAGCUUUGUGCCAAAGCCAAUCGACCCACGCUGUCUUCAUUUCAGCCUUGCACAGUUAGCCAGUUUCAGUGUCUGUCGCGCUUCACUAAGGCCUACACGUGCCUACCAAACUCCUUAAAGUGUGAUGGGAAUAUCGACUGCCUGGAUCUGGGUGACGAGUUAGAUUGUGAUGUCCCUUCCUGCGGGCAGUCAUUGAAAUAUUUCUAUGGCGCUUUCAGUUCACCAAACUAUCCAGACUUUUAUCCACCUGGCAGUAACUGUACAUGGCUCAUAGAUACUGGUGAUCGGCGCAAGGUUAUUCUGCGUUUUACUGACUUUAAGUUAGACGGUACUGGUUAUGGGGAUUAUGUAAAAAUAUAUGAUGGACUGGAAGAAAAUCCACGUAAUCUCCUGCGAGUUCUGACUGCUUUUGAUUCUCACGCACCACUUACAGUAGUUUCUUCCUCUGGACAAAUCAGAGUCCAUUUUUGUGCAGAUAAAGUUAAUGCAGCCAGAGGGUUUAAUGCAACAUAUCAGGUGGAUGGCUUCUGCUUGCCUUGGGAGAUACCUUGUGGUGGCAACUGGGGCUGUUACACUGAACAGCAGCGAUGUGAUGGCUACUGGCAUUGCCCAAAUGGCAGGGAUGAGUUAAACUGUACCAUGUGCCAAAAAGACGAGUUUCCGUGCUCUAGGAAUGGUGUCUGUUACCCACGUUCAGACCGGUGCAACUACCAGAACCAUUGCCCUAAUGGCUCUGAUGAGAAAAACUGCUACUUCUGUCAGCCGGGAAACUUCCAUUGUAAAAAUAACCGCUGUGUCUUUGAAAGCUGGGUCUGUGAUUCUCAGGAUGACUGCGGGGACGGCAGCGAUGAGGAGAAUUGCCCCGUAAUUGUCCCUACAAGAGUCAUCACUGCUGCAGUCAUUGGGAGUCUUAUCUGUGGCCUUCUCCUUGUCAUUGCAUUGGGGUGCACGUGCAAGCUUUACUCUCUGCGCAUGUUUGAACGCAGAUCUUUUGAGACACAACUUUCAAGAGUUGAAGCCGAUUUACUGAGGCGGGAGGCCCCCCCUUCUUAUGGGCAGUUGAUUGCACAAGGCUUAAUUCCGCCAGUUGAAGACUUCCCAGUAUGUUCCCCGAACCAGGCUUCAGUUUUGGAAAAUCUGAGACUUGCCGUCCGCUCCCAGCUUGGAUUCACAUCUAUUAGACUGCCAAUAGCUGGCAGGUCAAGCAACAUUUGGAAUAGAAUUUUCAAUUUUGUGCGCUCCAGCAAUUCCAGCUCCUUAGCGUUGGUCUCCACCGACGGAGACAAUGGCGCGAGCCAGAGCACAGGCAGAGACGGGGAUCGGAGCAGCUCCCACCGAGGGCGCCACUCAGUGGAGUCUGAUACUGAUACAGAAAAUGAAAGGAGGGAUACACAGGGAGCAGUCGGGGGAGUCGUUGCCUCUUUACCCCGCAAAACUCCUCCUGUUGCUGCUGUAGAAGCCACAGUAAAUGCAAAUGGAGGGAGUUCUACUCAGACUUCCAAUAACACAACAGAUAACCCAAGGGACACUCCUUCCUCAGAGCCCUCGGCUGUCAGUCCGGCACGUCAGCAGCUCAGUAGCGCCCUCAGCAGGAUGACUCAAGGAUUGCGUUGGGUACGAAUUACUCUUGGGAGGUCAAGCGCUGCAAGCCAGAACCAAAGUCCUCUAAGGCAGCUUGACAGCAGUGGGAAUGGCAGAGAGGAGGACGACGAUGUAGAAAUGCUGAUCCCAGCGGUAGACAUUGAUCUCAGUGACUGUAGCAGACCACUGCUUGAUAUUGCAUCUGAACAGGGGCAGGGGAACUGCCAGGCACACAGUGCCAGGCAUCAAGGAAUAAGGCCAUGCAGCCGCGACGGCCCGUGCGAAUGCUGCGGCAUUGUACAUACGGCUCAGAUCCCUGACACCUGCUUGGAAGCUGUGCUCAAAAAUGAGACUAGCGACGACGAGGCGCUUCUACUCUGUUAGACGCAGCCGUGCAAAUAUACUGUUUGGAGCAAUAUCUAGUAACUGUUUUAUAUUUCACAGACUCAGUCAUGCCUGGAAAUGUUCAAGGGAUCGAUGUCACUGAUGGCGUGAAGCCUCAUGGGUACCUUGGGUUUAUUACAGCUUCUGCUUUAACCCCAAAAUGCAAAGUGGCAUAACUCAUGGCGGUACGGAGUUUAUUGUAUAGUUUACACUAUAGACCGGUAGAUUUCAAAUGGCUCUGUGAGCACUUAAUUUCCUUACUGAUACAAGGGCAUGAUGGAUGAAUAAGCAAAGGUCCUGCAUAUGCACAAAAUCAGCUCUUUGGCUGUAAUGUUGGCAUACCUAACCAACUGGUCUGCAACUCCCAGCAUCCUCUUGUGAAGCAGGCAUGUUAAUUCAUAAGCUGCUGUUGUACUGCAACUCCCAGCCUUACUGGAAAUUGUACUUAUACAGCUGCUGGAUGGGGUGAACAUGGCCUAAAAAUUCACACAUUUGCACAGUUGAAAUCCACAUGCAACUCUUUUCCAAGCAUGUAAUAUAUAUAUUUUUUCUUUAUGUCCCUGGAGCGGGGAUUUAUUCCUUUUAACCCAAGCCAAAACAAAUAAAUUAAUAAAUUAAA